AGAGAGCGGAGCCUGAGAGAACACAUUAAUCUGCUAGCUAGGAACACAAGAAGCAUUUCCCAGCCUGCAGACCUGCUCUCUCGGUGUGCCUGCCCAUACUAAAUAUGGAAUUAUCAGCCUAACAGCAGAAAGGCAUCAGCAAAUUUGGAUUUUUCCCAUAUUUAUAUGCUUUCAAAAGACUCCAACAACGCAAGAAGUAUUGAAUGAGAUAGUUACCCUCAGCUUUGCACUUUUAAAGAAAUUCCUUAAUAUCAAGCUUUCAUUAUCUGUCCUUCAGCAUGGUUUUGGCACUUUUUGUAUCAUAACAAGUAACCUCAUGGGAUGAAGACAAGAACUGCCCUGUCUGGCUACUUCUAAUGCUUAUUUCAGAUCACAUAAUCUGCAAUGGAAUGAAACAAGAGAAUAGCCUGGAAACAACUCAGAUUUUUUUUAGUUUCCAAUGUAUCCGACACAUUGUUUUGGAAAAAAGAAAAAUACUUCAUCACAGAACUUUAAUAUGCUAACCAAAAGUCAUUAUACUGGAACCAAACUCUGUUUCAACUAAUUUUAUUUCAUACUACAGAAAUGUUAGAUUGUUUAAGCUCAUUGCAUCAGAGAUGUCAAAUACAUAAAACAUGCAGCUUACUGUGCCAAAAUACCAAAACUGCACUCAUUUCCAGGAUUAAGUCCUCCAUGGUUGGUAAGGAUUUUGCCUGAAUGGUUGUCCUGGCCUCAGUACCACUCUUGGAGCAGAAAAUCGGAUUAUUAUAUAAUGUCUAUACCACAAAUCAAAAUUGAGGAAGCAGCACGCAGCACAGGAGAUGCUGUUGGAGUACCAGCUGAUGAUCACCUAAGGAGUUUAAAGGCCUUGACUGAAAAAUUGAGGUUGGAGACAAGGAGGCCAUCUUACUUGGAAUGGAAGGCUAACCUGGAAGGGCAGUCAUGGAAAACCUCAAAAACACCAUCAGACCAGGGAAGUAAAGAAGAGCAGAAGCCUAUCGAGAAUACAGUUACUUUAAGAAGAGUGAAGAAGCACCUUAAUGGAAAUCCUGAUGUGGAAAAGAACCUUUCAUCUGGAAAACUUAAAGGCUUUGAAAGCAUCGAUGAAGCUCUUAACUGGCUCAGGAAGGAACUAAUGGAAAUGCGUCUUCAAGAUCAACAGUUAGCAAGACAGCUGAUGCGUUUACGCAGUGACAUCAACAAACUGAAGAUAGAACAAACAUGCCACCUGCACCGAAGAAUGCUUAAUGAUGCCACCUAUGAGUUGGAAGAACGUGAUGAGCUAUCAGACCUGCUGUGUGACUUCCCACUGACCACAACAUUUAGCCUGUCUACUCCUCUGAAGCUUAUUGGUGUCACAAAAAUGAAUAUUAACUCUCGCAGGUUCUCCUUAUGUUAACCAAAUGAGUGAAAUGAUAUGUUCUGAUACAAUAAAUACAGGCCCAUUUUAUUUGUCUUUAUGCAAUGGGCAAACCAACGUUUAAAAUACA